UUGCCAUUGUCCUGCGACUGUUUCUUAGGGCGUGGAAGUGAGUUGCGAUCUCAACCGGUUUUUUCUUAUUGUCAAGAAACUCGUAUUAGUUCUCUUGCUUCUUAUCUUAUUAUCUGCUCGUGUCGUCGGUCCUUUCAUUCCUUUAAAGCGGUGAUCAUCCGGCUGCUCCGAGUAGCUCGAAUCUAUUAGACAUGCGACCCCGUCUCCAGAACUUCAACGCUUUACGAGCCCGAUCAUAUCUAACACGGCUGCCGCUCUUCACACGACUCAUAAUCGUCGCUAUUGUUGCUCUCGCAAUCGCAUCCCUACAAUCAGUAUGGAACUUGCGAGAAUGGGGCGCCCUCAUCCCUGAAGAGAUUAGCAUUACAAAUGCAUAUCGAUUAUCGACAUUCCCGUUAAUACAUCUUAACAUUAUCCAUGCUGUCCUUAACCUCGCGGCGCUUACUCCUUUAAUGGAGCGUUUCGAGAACGAACAUGGCACCUUAACAUCCCUUGCUCUGUUCUUUGGACCCUUGACAUCGAUACCGGCUGUCAUGUACGUUUUGAUCGAGCGAUAUGUGCUCCACGUAAACCAUGGCGUUCUGGGAGCGAGCAUGUGGGUAUUUACUCUACUGGCGAUGGAGUCUAUUCAAACCUACAAAACCAACCCUCAUUUCGUCGUCGGUACUGUCCAUAUUCCAACGUGGACUACCCCCUUAAUCAUGUGUAUGGUUGUGAGGGCAUUGGUACCUGGUACUAGUCUUCUUGGCCACCUAUGUGGAAUUGCAAUUGGAUACGUUGCUGGCUUCGGGUAUGCUAAGCUGCUCGCCCCCCCUGAAUGGGGUCUUCGAUGGGUCGAGAAUCGACUCAACCUCCUCAAGAUCCUCCCUCACUAUGUCAGCAUCGACAAGACAACAUAUGGCCGAUUUGGUGUGUUGCCCACGACCAACCGCCCUGGUCCCAGUGGCAGCGCAGCGACGGAGCUAGUUGGCACAACCCAGCGUCUCGGACCUUGAAUGAGCGUACAUGGUGCGCGUGUAAUUUUGUGUAACUGUAAUGGUACGGAAGUGCUCGUUGCACGCUAUUUUUUGAAUUGUACUAUAGAAAGGGUAUUUCAUCUUUCGUGGAGUCUCUUGCGUCAGGGAUUGGCGUAGCGAUUAAAAGCAAAGGAAUGAAUGGACGUCUGAGCGGGUUCAUCUAGCUGGUCAUGACCCUUUCUGCUCUGAACUAUCUCAGGUAUUAUUAUAAUGGAUGGAGCAAUAAUAAAGAUAGAGGACGAAGAUUGUUUCAGUUGUCGUGAUGGUGCAUCCGUUGUCAUUACUUUAUGAUGUGUCUACUGUUGCAG